AUGGCCAUACCGUUAUCCAACCAGUUCUAUGCCCUUCCGGGAAAUAGUAACUCCAUCUUCAGUGUGUCUGCCGUCCGGAGGGUAUGCCGAUCUACUCCAAGGUCAGGGUACGUCGCCAACUUCCUAGCGAUCCUAGGUAAUCGCUCGGAGGAAUCUUCCGGGGUUAUCCCAACGGUAAGUAUAGUUCGUCGUGCCUAUAACAUAAAAGGUGGGAACGGAGCGAGCUAUAGAAAACUCUCACCGCCGAGGAAUGGACAAUAG